AACGCUACGAUUAGUGCAUGGUAUUUUUUUCACGAAGGCUUUCAGCACCCAGCACUCGAGUUUGAUCAAAUGCCUGACGUCGCCAACGAUUGGUUGGGGAUAACUUUCGGCACCCCCAGCCCCCUAGGGGAUCGGCGGCUUAAUGUUGGCACAACCAAGGUCUAGACCGCGAUAUCGAAUGUUGUUAGACAUCGCGCCCUCCGACUCAGCCAAACUUGCUACAUCUCAACGUGUGCGGUGUUGCGGCAAUACAGGUGUCGUGUACAACAAAAGACAUUCUGAAAUGAGACUUCAUGUUUUCGAGCUUUGUGUGACUCCAAUGUCGACUCUUGUUCAUGCGUUGGAGCGGAUAAAAUCACAACAUCUGCCAAGCCAUCAAGAGGUGGAGGCACUGACUCAGGAGACCCCUCAGGUUCCGCGGCCGCACCUUCAGAGGCAUCCGGACCUGUGUCCUUUGACUGUACUCCAGAAGGCUCUGGUGGGUGCCUGUCAACAUGAUCCAAUUCACCAGAAGAUGACGGCCGAUGAUUCAUCUCCUGUUUGGACUUCCGAGAGCUACAGUGGGCGCGCUGUGGCGCUGUGGCUCCCCGCCUCUUCCGACUUUGCGGGUGGGGUGGACUUAACGGACGUCGAAACUGGUCGCACGUCACGGGUUUGCCAAAACCCGGGGUGAUUGGGGGAAAGAAUGUCCGACUGUGUGUAAGAGAUUCAGCUCCAUAUGUUGAUGCAGAGACCGGGUUGCAGGCAUCGAUGUCUCCACCUGUGGUUUGUAUCGACUGUAAAUUUCGGGAUGGUCCCGGUUGCUGCCUUUUAAAAAACGUUGCUAUGAGAAUGAUAUAUAUAACGAAAGCUCGAGCGCGCGGACUGUCUGCAGAUUGGAGUCGCCUUCCGCAGCGUUGGCGGUGAGGGCCAAAAGAAGGCUUUUGAGAUUUGGCAGCGUGUGUGGCAUGUCCAGGGCUUGCAAGUUGUGCUCUGUCAUGAGCCUGCCAGCUGAAGUCGGUAACGUGUUCACAGCCUGAACCUGACGAACCUUACCU